AUGGUCAUGGCCCUCAUGCAAUUACCAACAGAGUUGUUGCAACAAAUCAUCCCACACACCCUACCAGAGGGGUUUGAGAGCCUAGCAUUAACAUGCAAAUUUCUCUACACACUGUGCAUCCCCUUCCUCGAGUACCAUAACAACCUACGCUUUCAUUUCCAGAAGUUCGAAUACAACAAGACAAACAAGGAUUUUAGGGAGUUUAGAUAUCAUCACGACUUGCUCCGGUUUCCUGAUACAGCGACCUCGGCGUAUAGUCUGAUUUCGCGAAUUGCUAUCGAACCAGUCGUGUGCCGCUAUAUUCUUGAGGCCGACUUUUCCCUCGAUAGUCAUAUCUAUGACCGCAUUCCCCCGACUAUCCGAGAGAAUGCCGUGUUUGAAACAUGGAGAGAUCGUGGUGAAGCCGUGCGUCAACUAUUCGCGAACUCAUUAUGCUUGAAGGAAGCAGGACUCGACUGGAAGGAAUACUAUAGGACUAUGAUGGAGGAUGUCCAUAGCUGGCGCCGAUCAGAACAUGCUGCUGCCUUUGUUCUGACGCUUCUACCAAAUCUGGAGGUACUCACGCCAGGCUUUUCCAGGUUCCGGUCUCCUGCGCCCCAAAAGCUCAUCACUGCCAUUCUUCAGACUGCCAGGCGAAAUCCGCGUGGUAAUGCCAGCCUUGCCCAAGUCACCGCAUAUAGUGGGAGUUGUGAUAUCCCUUGGGUUUCCUCGCUCCUAGCUCUGCCGCGCAUCAAAAGGUUUUGGGGCCAUGGAUACAUAGGCAAAGCCGUGGACGACAACUGUAAUGAAUGCAGAUAUCUCGAGACUAACUUAGAAUCGACGCUUAAGGUGGCAGGGUUUGACGAUACGUCCGUUGAUACCGCGGCUAUUACAGGUUUUCUUAAGCACACCCCGUGUCUCAAAUCAUUAACGUACUGGCAUUCAACUAAAGCCAACGGGGGUCACCAAGACUGGGAUCUCUGCGGAUUCAUCGCAGCAGUGCAGCAUGAGGUCGGGAGCCACCUCGAACACUUUUGUGCAAUCACUUUAGAAUUACGCUGCUUGAUAACCUCAGGGAAGCCGUACCUACGCGGUUUUGAGCGUCUCCAAAGUCUCGAGCUGCCGCUCGAUAUCGUUCUUUGCAAUCGCAGAGCGUCAGAUCCAGCAGAUCAUGGAUCGUUGGAUUCCGAUUCCUUACUUGGUCACAUAGUACCCGCGUCCGUCUCUGUUCUUUCCUUGUUAUCGCCGGGAAAGAGCCCCCAUGACAAGGCUCUUGAGCUCCUCUUCCGGGACUUUGCCAGUCAGAAACAGUUCCAAACCCCCAACUUGAAAGAGAUUUCGUUGACUUGUCCUGAUGACGCGGAUGUUUUAUACAAAGCACAGUGUGCGAACCUGGCAGCGGAGGCUAAGAGAGCGGGCGUGGAUUUGACGCUAUCAGAAGACCCGUGUCUAAUUUCCACCGUCGGCUUAGGCGAGGACAUAUGCUUUCCGACUUACUCAUGA